CAGAAAGGCUGGAGCAGCUCCCUGCGGCCGAUGGACCGACAUGGAGACAUGAAGGUCAGAGGUCGGAGAAGCUCUCAGCCGCCACUGGACAGGCCGCAAAACUCCCAGGAUCCUUUGCAGCCGCCCGGCUCGGUGCGUAAGGGUCACAGGAGGAAAGGUACAGUCGUGUGCGGCGGUAACUUCUCCGGCAGCACCUCCAUCUCCUCCGUUGCCAUGGUAGCCAUCCCCGACUGCAUCGACAACGCCACGCAGACGGACAUCAGCUUCCAGAGCAUCAUGACGAUAGGGCGGAGCAGAGGUCACCACCACCACCACCACCACCACGGCCGAGGAGGCUCCUCCUCCCCUCCCCCUCCUCCCCCCUCCCCUCCCCUCCCUCACCUCGGGGGGCCGUACGGGAUCAAUGAGUUCUGUGUGUUCGAGUACAAUGACCCCAACGACUACUUUGACGUGUCCAAUCACGAGGUGGACCGACAGGACGACCUGGAGUACGAGGAGGUGGAGCUGUACAAGUCCAGUCAGCAGGAGAAGCUGGGUCUGACCGUGUGCUACAGGACGGAGGACGAGGAGGACCUGGGGAUCUACGUGGGAGAGGUUAAUCCAAACAGCAUCGCAGCUAAAAAUGGACGAAUCCGAGAGGGCGACCGAAUAUUACAGAUCAACGGAGUCGAGAUUCAGAACAGAGAGGAAGCGGUGGCCAUUCUGACCCGAGAGGACAGCAUCAACUUCUCCCUGCUGCUGGCCAGGCCCGAUGUGGAGAACGAGAACCCCGUGGACCCCGAGGAGGACAUGGAGCUGACGCUGGAGGGAGGAGUUCUCCACCCAAACCCUCAAGCUUCCUCCUGCUCCCUCAACUCGCCUCAUCUCUCAGGCUACUACCGCCUCCGAGGAGGAGGAGGAGGCCCGCCCUGCCCUGGAGGAGCUGGGGAAGCAGGACGUGGAGACGGUGCAGGGGGUGAUGGAGAGGAGGACGAGGAUGAAGAGGACGGAGAGAGAGGAGAGAAAGAGGACAGAGACCCCCCCGUCCCCCUCCCUCCUCUGCUGGACCUGGCUCCGCUGCUGACCUGCAGCCAGGAGCUGGACAGCGGCGUGGGCCGGACGGACGACAGCACCCGCUACGAGGAGCUGUCGGAGCAGGAGCUGCUGGGGGAGCAGACCAGCGCCUGCAACACCAACACCACCAACACGCCGGGAAGCAUCAGGAAGUUCAGACCCAGCCCCAGGCCCAGUCCCAGACUCAGUCCCGGCCUCGGUCCGAGUCCCAGGCCGACGCCCAGCCCUGGACGAGGGGACACCACCCCCCCUUUCCUUCACCUGCGGGACCUGCAGCUCAGCUCGGACUCGCUCCCCGGCCUCGAGUGGCCGGCAGGAGGAGGAGCAGCAGCGUGCAGCCCCCACCACCUCCACCACAAGCACCACCACCACCACCACCAGCCGCCUCUGACCGUGAUGAUGAUGAUGCCGGGCCUGACGGAGGAGGAGUGCCAGCGAUACCAGGAGCUGCUGGAGGUGAAAUGUCAAUACGAGAGACGCCAUAAAAAACACCACAGAGAGACGGCGAAAAAAGGUCGGGACGACACCGACGUGCACGCAGAAGGUCGAGAGGAAACACAGGAGGCGGAACAGGAAGAGGAGGAAGCCACUUCCUGCCUGGCGGUGGAUGUGACCUGCAACGAGACCCCGAGCGAGCACGAGAUGGCGCUCAUCGACGAGGAGCUGCGCCACCUGGAGUUUAAAUGCCGCAAUAUUCUGCGGGCACAGAAGAUGCAGCAGCUGAGGGAGCGCUGCCUGAAAGCCUGGAUGAUGGAGGAGGAGACGGUGCGGCCGGGCGCCUCAGAAGCAGACGUGGAUAACGUGGAUAACGAUGACAGCGCCGACCCUCAUCAUCACGAGUUGUCGUCCAUCAACGAGCUGCCGGAGCGCGAGCGAUUGGACGACAGAGACAGCACCAGCGCCUACAACACGGGAGGGGAGAGCUGCCGGAGCACGCCAUUGGUCAGCACGGAGCAGAUCCCGCCUCUGCAGGAAGAGGAAGACGAAGCGGGGCGACGACUGAUGUCUCCGCCUCCUCUCCUCCCCCUGGGGCUCCUCCCCCCUCUGAACUCCCCUCUGACCCCGCGGCGCCACAGGCGGGACAGAGAGAGACGCCACUCUAACCUCAGCUGCUCCUUCUCUCCAAGCACUUACAGGAAGUACGAAACAGCCAAUGGCAGCGGGGCAAAUGGCUCAAGCUCCACCCCCUCCACACCCUCCAAGUUCAGAUCUCUGACCAGGGAGGGGGCGUCGUCUUCAAGAAGGGGUGUGGCUGACCGAGGGCGGAGCUCCAUAGCAGAUGGCGCCGCCAACAGGCCUGGAGGUGGAAGUGCAGAGUCCAGUCCCUAUUUCACCCGGAGACACCACAGCCACAACCAACCACCGGAGCGCUACCAGAGCUGCAUGACCCUGCCCUCCGAGGGCCUGGUGGACCCCCUGGACCGGGUCAGAGACCGAACCAGGCCCGAGGGGGAGGAGAGGGGGGCGGGCACAGGGAGCAGCGGCCCGGCCAGUCCGAGGAGCGUGAACAGCGCCCCCUGUGGUCUGGAGGACCGCCACGCUGGAGCCUCACGGUUAGGACUGGUCUUACCACUUGGGCUGACGCAGUCAUCACCAACGGCUUCACGGCAGCGCAUGGAGUGGAAGGUGAAGAUCCGCAGCGACGGGACGCGCUACGUGGCCAAGCGGCCGGUCAGGGACCGUCUGCUGAAGGCCAGAGCCAUGAAGAUCAGAGAGGAGCGCAGCGGCAUGACCACCGACGACGACGCCGCCAGCGAGAUGAAACAGGGCCGAUACUGGAGCAAAGAGGAGAGGAAGCAGCAGCUGCUCCGAGCCAGAGAGUACAGACGGAGACGAGAGCUCAUGAUGCAGAGCCGCCUGGACUAUCUCAAAGGAGACAGGGACCCGACAUUAGAGAACUGCUCCUCCCGACAGGACUCCCCCAGCAACAACAUCCUGUCACUGAGCCAGAAGAAGAUCACCAAGAAGAGGAACCGGAGAAUCCUCGACAACUGGAUCACCAUCCAGGAGCUGCUGGCUCACGGCUCCAGGUCGCCAGACGGAAAGAAAAUAUACAACCCUCUGCUUUCUGUGACCACGGUGUGA